GCGGUUCGAAUAUAGAUACGCUACAGAGGCAGAACUAGAAGAAAUGAAGCAAAGAGAAUUUGCUGGAUGGAUGUUUACUUAUGUGUCUGCUGGUUUGGCCAGAGGUGAAACAUUUGACGAUUGGAUACGCGAGAUGGUGGUUGGACCAAACUAUGUUGUGAAAUCAUAUCCGAGAUUUUGUACUCGAGGAUAUGCAUUCACAACUGAAAUGAGGAAACAUUCGCGUACGACCUAUGAUGCUGGCGUUUGUUCUGCAUCGGGAGAUGAUGUAUACUACGGACACAUACAUGAGAUUUUGGAAAUCAAGUAUUUGGGCAUGCUUGGAUUGCGCUGUACUGUUUUCUAUUGUGAUUGGCACGACAUCACUCCAGAUCGAGGUGUGAGAACAGAUGCAUUUGGUGUUACAUCAGUAAAUUCGAGACGAAAGCUGCAAUAUUAUGAUCCUUUCAUUCUUGCUUCUCAGGCCGAUCAGGUAAGUAAAUGUUAAUUAUUCAGAAUGAUUGGUCAUCAUGUGUAAUAAUUUAAACUUUUACUAAAUUUUUUUAAAAUGUUACAGGUUUGUUAUAUCAAGUACCCCCGGGUAAGGAACAGAGAUGAUCCAUGGGUUACUGUUACCAGACUCAAUCCGAGAGGCCGAGUUCAGGGGAGUUCUGAGCUGGAAGACCCACUACAACCAAUCACAUCCAGUAACUUAAGUGCAGCAGAAGAUGUAGCAGGAGUUGGCCUUG